AUGCCGGUGCGCCAGAAUCAUACAUCAUCACUGAUCUCUUGCAAACUUCUUGACUUCCUCCAACCUGCACGUAUACUAAUCACCAACAAACCACCCAUUCGUCAACAGUCGCACAACAUCCAACAUAAUGGUCAUUUGGGGGCCGAUGCAGAGCCCCAUGCAUGCAGCUUCCUCAGGCCGCCAGAUCGCAACGGCAAAGCAAGGUUGCCAGUCAGCCAUGCGCCUUCGACAUACGCCUCGGGAAGGAAGAUGGAUGAGCCUUCAUUAACUAGUGUCAUCCAUUGUCGACGCCAUGGUUGGACGGGACCGGUUCCCCGUACUGCCAUGAAGCGGGCUCGAUCCUUCAGCUCCGAGGACCGCUUCUCGAGUUCUCGGUCGCCUGGAACUGCGGUCAUGAGAUGCUACACGAGGCUGAGCUCAAUCGCCUUCAGGGUCUGUGGAGGGCCCCCCGGAUUAUGGAUUCCUGCUCGUUCCUCUCGCAUGUCGAGGUUCUUUGUCCACCCAUCUGCCUUGGGUAGCAAGACAAAUCCUCACCCCUUUGGAAAAUUCCUCCCCCACGCCUUCAAAACAAUACCAUACCAUACACAACCCCGAUCCGCGGCAGCCCAGCUCGAAACAAAACGCACUGGUAACGCCACGAUGAUACGGCAUGCGCAAAACCCAGGUUCUCGGUUCGUCACUAAACUCAUCAAAAUCCCCGCCCCAUCUUCUCAGCACUCGGGAACACAGUCUCGGUCGAGUUUUACAUGUUCCAGUAAUCCCAUGCUCGCCCUGACCUCAUCCUCGCCCAAACCCAUCCCACUUCCCCAACCCAAACCAACCCCAACCCAUAUACCCACAACUCCACGAUCACCCUGCCCCCGAGUUACGAGCCCGGGUAGUCCUGCAGAAGGUGUGGUUGUGAGAUGA